CCUCACUGUAUAUGGCUGUAGAAGGUCACCUCUCUUUUCCUUUUCACUCCUGCCUUUUCUCAUCAUGCGGCCUCCAGUGUGACCUCAUCAUCUCUAACCCAUCCUGUACACCCAGAUCUAGUGGGCCUUCCAAGGUCUCAGCUUAUGUAUCUCACUCUGUAGAUCUGAAGCCUUCAAUGACUCCCAACUGUCCAGAUGGAUUUCUCACCAUUCCCUGAAAAUACAUCGAACUUUCCAAUUUCCUUAACUUUGUUUACAUAGUUCCCUGACCUACAGCCCAGGUAAGGAAUGCUUUCCCUCUCUCCCACCUCCACAUUUUCAAAGCCUACUCUUCCUUCCAACUCAGCUGAAGCUCCACCAUCUCCAUAAAGCCUUUCCCAAGGCCCAUUAGAAAGAGAGCGGUCUCUUUGUACAGUGCUGCCUUCUUCACAGCGAGCUGCACAGGCCCAUCUCGUGGGCCUGACCAUACUCUGCCCAGUGGGUAUAUAUGGGCUUACCCUUUAUCUCUCCUACCAAAUUGUAAGCUAUUCCAUGAAGACUCAUCAUUUAUAUACCUCUAAAUUCUCCCACCCCAUCCCUUAAGACCUGUGCCUUGCAUAGACUGGCAUUGGCACACAUUUUAGGGAUAUAGUUCAAACACUCCUGGGUUCUGACUCUCUCCCCAGCCCCAUACUUUCAGCCAAUGUACCUACCUCCCUGCCCAUGCAACAAGCCCUGAACAGCCUGCUUGCUGUGAAACCCUUCCUACCUAACCAAAUCCCACGUCCUGAGCCUGCUCCACUCUCCUACUCUGAGGCUGCUCACACACUGUCAGUAUUCUACUUUUGCCAGUCUUCUAAUUAUGUCCAUCACUCCCAACCAAAUGUGCUCCAUUUUCCCCUUUCUCACAGCUACUCCUGAUGUGGGAGCCAGCAAGUGCCCUGGAGUGAGUGGCUAUUGGGUACCUCCCAGGCUGAUGUGGGGGGUAAGGGUGACUAUAAAGGGAACUGGCCCCCAGGGGUGAUGGCUCACUCUGUAAUCUUAGCACUCUGGAAGGCUGAGGUGGAAGGAUCACUUUAGCUCAGGAGCUGGAGUACAGCCUGAGCAAGAGUCUGACCCUGUCUUACUAAAAAUAGAAAAAUUAGCUGGGCGAUGGCAGGUGCCUAUACUCCUAGCAACUCAGAAGGCAGGGGCAAGAGGAGUUUGAGGUUGGCUGAGGCCGUGUCACUCUAGCCCAGGCGAGUAAGACUUUGUCUCAAAAAGAAAAAAAAAAUGAACUGGAGGUGUGGAGGUGGUCUGAGUGUCUCUCUUCCUCCACCAUACUCUGCUCUUGAAUAACAGAGUUGGGCCUCCACAUCUGAAGGGUGCAGACCCAGGCUCAGGUCCAAGUCCGUACGGAUGGGAAGAAAGACCCAAUAUGAGCAUAUGCCUAGACCCUCUAGGGAAGACAGGAGGGCGCUGAGCGGAGUCCAGAGAAAUGUAGGACUAAAGUCAUCCGUCCUCUCCUCUCGACCUCAGCGUCCAGCGCUGUAAAGUGCAGACGUGAAGAUGCGCCCUUUACAAAUGAAGAGUCUACAUUUCAAUUUGUGACAAUCUGUGCCUGUGCUUCUUUGGUCCCUCGAGGACCCCAGGAAGGGUCAGACGGCCAGAAUCCUAAGACCAGCUUUCAGACUCUACCAGGGUGGUGGGGCCCACGCCCCUAAACCCGCAGUAAUCCAGGCCGUGAGCCUCCAGCUCUGCGCCUCGACCCUGCAGCAAGCCUCAGUCCCCGCCCCUCAGCGCCGCGUCCAUUGGCUGGGUUCCUCCUCGGCCCCGCCCAGCGACAGUCCCGCUUGGUGCAGACGCAUGCGCAAGAGUUUGCCACCGCCGCCACCACAGCCACCGCCGCCGCGGCUUCAGCACCAGCGCCCGGACAGCGGCGCCGCCCACGGGCAUGGACGGUGUUAGCAGCAGCAGCAGCGGCGGCAACAGCGGUCCGGCUCCCGGCUCGGGUCCGGAAGGGGAGCAACGGCCGGACGGGGAGCUCUUGGCCCCAGAUGGCAGCUCCCCGGAGAGCAUCCAGACCAAGGCUGUGGCCCCUGAGGCAAGCCGGGAGAGAAGCUGCUCCCUCCACAGCUGCCCCCUUGAGGACCGUUCCAGCUGUUCAGGACCCCCAACAACAACUUCCAUUCUCCAGCCUGUGGGUCUCUCCAGCCCCUUGGUCCCUGCCCACUUCAUCUAUCCUCAGGCACCACAGGAAUACCAGGGGAACAAUUCCCUGCCAGGACUUGGGGACCAGACAGCUCUUUGCUCCCAGGGCUCCAGUCUCAGCCCUUCCCCAACCUUCUCACAGCAUGAUGGGGUCUGGAAGCCACCCUCUCUGCAGCACCAUGUGGUCAGCCUCAGGCAGGACCGGGCCUUCCAGAUGCCAAAGAGCUAUGCCCAGCUGAUUGCUGAGUGGCCAGUGGCCAUGCUGCUACUAUGUCUGGCUGUUGUCCUCCUCUGCACCCUGGCUGGACUUUUGGGGGGCCGGCUGCCUGACUUCUCCAACCCUCUGCUGGGCUUUGAGCCUCGGGACACGGACAUUGGGCGCAAGUUAGUGGUCUGGAGAGCACUGCAGGCUCUUACAGGGCCCAGGAAGCUGCUUUCCUUUUCCCCAGAACUAGAGCUGAACAGAUAUUCUCUUUACCUCAGCUCAAGCUCCCACAGCUCUCUGAGCUCUGCACCCCAGGAAGGCAUUGUCCGGCCUCGGAGGAUGGUGGAGCCCCUGGAGGACAGAGGGCAGGAGAGCUUCUUCUGUGGCCCUCCUGAGAAGAGCUAUGCACAGCUGGUGUUCAUGGCCACCUCAGAGGGCAGCCUGUGGAACCUGCAUGCCAUCCACUCCAUGUGUCGCAUGGAACAGGACCAGAUCCGCUCCCAUGCCCACUUUGGGGCUCUGUGCCAGCAUACAGCAACCAAGGAAUGCUGCCCCAGCUGGUCCGUGGGCAACUAUGUAGCUGUGCUCUCCAAUCGCUCCUCCUGCCUGGACACUACUGAAGCUGAUGCUGCCCGCAUACUGGCCCUGCUUCGGGUCUGUGCAGUCUACUACCACCGACACACCCUGGUGCCCGCCUGUCUGGGAACUGGGCAGGACAAGCCCCCAUUUUGUGCUGAGGUUCCCACAAAGUGCUCCCAGAGCAGUGCCAUCUACCAACUCUUGCACUUUCUGCUUGACAGGGACUUUCUGAGUCCCCAGACUGCUGACUACCAGGUGCCCUCCCUCAAAUACAGCCUGCUCUUCCUGCCCACCCCAAAGGGUGCUCCCAUGCUGACCAUUUACCUGGACCGGCUAACCACUCCCUUGGAGCUCGCUGACAACUACACUUAUGUCACUGGCAUGGACCUGGGAGUCAAGCAGGAACUGCUGAAGUACUACCUGGUCCAGGAUACGGUGUACCCCUUGCUGGCCCUGGGUGCCAUUGUCCUCGGCAUCGCCCUCUACCUGCGCUCACUCUUCAUUGCGCUCAUGGUGCUGCUGGGGGUGCUGGGCUCCCUGCUGGUUGCCUUCUUUCUUUACCAAGUGGUCUUCCGCAUGGCCUUCUUCCCCUUUGUCAAUCUGGCGGCCGUCAUCCUGCUCAGCAGCGUCUGCACCAACCACACGCUCAUCUUCUUCGACCUAUGGCGCCUCAGCAAGCGCCAGCUGCCCUCCGGGGGGCUAGCACUUCGAGUGGGCCGCACCAUGCACCACUUUGGCUACCUGCUGCUGGUCUCCGGCCUCACAACGAGCGUGGCCUUCUACGCCAGCUACCUGAGCCGCCUGCCAGCCGUGCGCUGCUUUGCCGUGUACAUGGGCACGGCUGUGCUGGUGCACCUGGCACUCACGCUGGCCUGGCUGCCCGCCUCUGCUGUGCUCUACGAUCGCUAUCUGGCACGCUGUUGUGUGCCCCAGGAGCAGGGUCCGUGGGGCGGCAGCGCGCCCCGGCGGCUGGCGCGGGGGCUGCACCGGCGGCUCCGCAUCCUUCGAAGGGCGGUGACCAUCACCUCGCGCCUGCUCUUCCAGCGCCUACUGCCCUGUGGCGUCAUCAAGUUCCGCUACAUCUGGAUCUGCUGGUUCGCAGCGCUGGCGACAGGGGGCGCCUAUAUCUCCGGCGUCAGCCCCCGCCUGCAGCUGCCCACUCUACACCCCUCCAUUGGCCAGGUCUUCCAGCGGAGCCACCCCUUCGAGCGUUAUGACGCAGAGUACCGCCAGCAGUUUCUGUUCGAGCAGCCGCCCGAGGACAGGGCCAUCCGCAUGCCUGUAGUUUUGGUGUGGGGUGUCCUGCCUGUGGACACUGGCGAUCCCCUGGAUCCCCUCAGCAACAGCUCCCUGGUGAGUGACCCUACCUUCUCAGCCAGCAGCCCUGAGGCCCAGCGCUGGCUGCUGGCACUUUGCCACCAGGCCCAGAAUCAGAGCUUUUUUGGCACCCAGCCUGAGAGUGGGCCCACACUGUGUUUCAUGGAGACUCUGCAGCACUGGAUGGAGAGCCCCAGCUGCAGCCGCCUGGGGCCUAACCUCUGCUGUGGUCAUUCAGACUUCCCCUGGGCCCCACAGCUCUUCUUGCACUGCCUAAAGAUGAUGGCCCUGGAGCAAGGCCCCAAUGGCACCCUUGACCUGGGACCCCGUUUUGACACCCAAGGCAGCCUGGCUGCCCUGGUUCUGCAAUUCCAGACCACCUACCUGUAUAGUCCAGACUACAGCGAGACCCAUCGCUUCUACAAUGAGGUCAGCCACUGGCUGGCAGCAGAGCUGGGCACAGCACCCCCAGGCCUCCGGGGUGGUUGGUUCACUAGCCGUCUGGAGCUGUUCAGCCUGCAGCACAGCCUGACUACUGAGCCUCCCAUCGUGCUGGGCCUGGCUCUGGCACUGGCCUUUGCCACACUGCUGCUGGGCACCUGGAAUGUUCCACUCAGCCUCUUCUCUGUAGCAGCUGUGGCAGGCACUGUACUGCUGUCCGUUGGGCUCACGGUUUUGCUUGAGUGGCAGCUUAACACUGCCGAGGCUUUCUUUCUCUUUGCCUCUAUGGGCCUCUCAGUGGACUUCACCAUCAACUACUGCAUCUCCUAUCACCUGUGCCCACACCCUGACCGCCUGAGCCGUGUGGCCUUCUCCCUGCGCCAGACCAGCUGCGCCACAGCAAUGGGGACUGCAGCCCUGUUUGCAGCUGGCGUGCUCAUGCUGCCUACCACAGUGCUACUCUAUCGCAAGCUGGGCAUCACUCUCAUGAUGGUCAAGUGCAUCAGCUGUGCCUUUGCCAGCUUCUUCUUCCAAUCUCUGUGCUGUUUCUUUGGGCCAGAGAAGAACUGUGGACAGAUCCUCUGGCCCUGCGCCCACCUGCCAUGGGACGCUGGUACUGGGGAGCCUGGUGGGGAGAAGGCAGGCCACCCACGUCUAGGGCCAAUGGGGAUGGUGCCUGGGUCCUGCUCAGAGCAAUAUGAGCUACAGCCCCUGGCACGACGCCGGAGCCCCAGCUUUGACACCAGCACAGCCACCAGCAAGCUGUCCCACCGACCCUCAGUACUAUCUGAGGACCUACAGAUGCAUGAUGGUCCCUGCUGCUCCCGGCCCCCACCAGCCCCUACUUCCCCAAGGGAGCUGCUCCUGGACCACCAGGCAGUCUUCAGCCAAUGCCCAGCCCUGCAGACCUCCUCCCCCUAUAAGCAGGCUGGCCCCAGCCCCAAAACCCGGACCAGGCAGGACUCCCAAGGGCAGGAAGCUGAGCCCCGGCAGGCCUCACCAGAAGCCCCAGCCCACUCGCCCAAGCCCAAGGCUGCAGAGCCUCCUGAUGGUCUCUGCUCCUCAGCCAGCACCCUGGAGGGGCUGAGCGUCUCCGAUGAGACCUGCCUAAGCACCUCUGAGCCCAGUGCCCGUGUACCAGAUUCCGUGGGUGUCUCCCCAGAGGACCUGGAUGACACUGGGCAGCCAGUACCUGAGCGGGGCCAGAUGAAUGGGAAGCGGGAUACCCUGUGGCUGGCGCUGAAGGAGACGGUGCCCCGAAGACUGGAAGAAACCAGCGGUGAUCUAAAACAUCACCUCAUACCUAGAGUGGCCCAAACCAACAGCAGGAAACCCACAUCAGCGGGUAAUCCAGCCAGCCUCUCUAGCCCUGACUUUGGAAUGUGGAACUUAAAGCAUUUUCAAUAUCCUUUGAGUUUCAGCAGAUCUGUCCACUUUAUUAAUGUUAUGGCCCUGGACACGUAUGGCUUAGAAGCAUGCUGCGAGGCAUGUGAAAGCCAGUCAAAGCAUCCGUGUUUAUCCUGCAAAAUUCAACAAAUGGUUUCUUUCCAUGGAGAUGUUUUAAAAUAGAACUAUAUUAACACUCACUUGGGAAUUCAGGUCAUUUCUCCUAUUUGUGCCACCUAUUUGUGAACUUACCUUCAGUGUAUAAGUAUGUGUGCUGUAUGUUUUAAAAAUAGUACUUGAGGCUGGGCAUGGUGGCUCAUGCCUGUAAUCCCAGCACUCUGGGAGGCCAAGGUGGGAGGAUUGCUUGAGCCCAAGAGUUUGAGGUUGCAGUGAGCUGUGAUCACACCAUUGCCCUCUAGCCUGGGCAAAAGAGCAAGACCCUAUCUCUAAGGCAAACAAACAAACAAAAAUAUAUAUGUGUAUCUGUAACUUGGUAUAGUUUGUUACCAUGAGAAAACUCAACCUUCCAUGGCUAUGGUGUUUUGGAAACUUUUAGAAUGACAAUGUUAGACAGAUAUUGAUUGAUUUGACUGGCAGAAUUUUAGAUUUUUCUGAUACAUAGCAUAUCCCAUACUAUGAUAUUUAGGUAAUAUUCCAGCUUCAGCCAAUUGUGAAAGAGACAUUUCACAAGAGAUUUAUAUGCCGCACCUCCUACCCUCCUUUGACUCAUUCCUUUUCCCAGUGCAUGACAGAGCAGGAAAGCAGGUGAAUGAUUUAGGAAAGAGGACACAUUGGUUUACAACCGUCACCUGUUGUCUAGAGAGUUUCUGAUUUUUUAUUCUGUGGUGGCGUUAUCUUAUCCUUCGAUAAUACAUAGGGGCAAUAGCAAGCUCGCUGGCAUGCCAUGCCAUGUAUCAAGAUCCCAUUUACCUGGGGAUAGUAAAAACAGGCAUUCCUCCUCAUUUCCACUCUUACCCUGUUUAUAGUAAUGAUUGUAACUUGAGGUGUGCAGGUGUUUAUGCUUAAGAAAUUGUAACUCAAUUCGCCAGGAAGAGGAGAAACCCAAGAAAGCUACUGUGUGCUAUGUAAAUGUCUGGCCAUCCAAAGCCACUCUGUGCAGGAGAGCCUGGAAGGACCUUGAUAAAUUUCUCUUAUAAUUAUUA